GACGUGUUUAGUUGUAUUUUGUCGCGCGCUAACUCAGGUGCCUCGCUAAUUGGUCUCGCAAAAUGUGGCGCAAGGAUAUGCCAGGACUUACCCGUAUAUAUAGUGUAUAUAUACUGGCAUUCAUACUUCAGUUAAUCUCAAGUGGUUGCGCUCUAGUACACGACGAGCUGCCGCAAUGCACGCUUCAGGGCGUCUAUAGAGAGCGCCAGAGUUUGAUCGAAUCACCAAAUUAUCCGGACACUUAUCCGUUCAACAGCUGCGUCGAUUACGUUAUCCGUUCGCCCUAUCGCUGUCCGACCAAAUUUCACGUGCAAUUCCUUGACUUUCAACUGGAGCUGUCGGAGAAUUGCAGUCGGGAUUAUUUGGCUGUUGGCCUGCAGCAGGAUGAACGCGAUAUGGACGUGCUCUGCGGCCAGGUGCGAGGCAUUAAAAAGUAUCAGACACCGGACGGAAUACUGCGUUUGAGAUUUUUAAGUGACGACUCACCAUGGACUACGGGCGGUGGCUUUCGUCUGUUGGUGACGCGCUUGGCCUGCGAGCGCGAGGAAGUGACGGCACGUGGCUUGGAUGCGGACAACGGCGAGGAUGAUGACACGGUGCAGGUAACUGCUCAGCUGCCAGGCAGGAAACAUCACCCACAUCAAGGUGUGCCACAUCGCAAUUUCACUCUGCCGGCUGCUUAUCCGGCUUUGCCGCCGUAUCCAGGCUUUUCCGGUGGGCUUUAUUUGCCUGCUGCUCCGCCGUGCAAUGAUGAAAAGUUGCCGCUGCAGCUGCAUCAACAGCAGCAGCAACAGCUGCAGCAGAUACAACAGCAAUUGCUCCAGCAACAGCUUGCACAACAGCAACAGCUGCAGACACAGGAGCAACAGCUGCCCAGCAUCUCGGAUCAGUACCAGACCAGCUCCUUCCAAGCUCCCAACGCCCUCCUGCGUGACUACGAUCCACAGUUUGGUGGCCAGGUGGAUCUGUGCUGCAUCAGCAGCUUCAAUCAGGCCCACUUCUACUUGUCCAGUCCCGGCUUCCCGCGCACCGUGCUCAACGCCUUGCUGCCCAAUCAGCAGCGCGAUUGCGUCUUCUAUCUGGAAAAGAGUUCUCAGAAUGUUGCCGGCCUGCGCAUUCAAUUCAAAUUCUUCGACUUUGGCCACUCUUCGGGCGGCGUUUAUCCGGCUCAGGUUGUUCCCGGGGUCUCUACUUGUACCGGGGACUUUAUCGAGAUAGAUGGUCAGCGCUACUGUGGCUGUCGUUCGGGUCAUAUACACAAAUCCUUUUGGCCACAGGGUCGCAAGGCGCUGCGUUUGCGCAUGGGCCAGUCGGGCGCUGCGCCCACAAAUGGUUUUCUACUGGAGAUCUUUCAUGAUCAGGACACGAGCAACUAUGGGCUGAUUGGCAAUAAUCCCUUAAGCCAGCCGGGUCUUGGUGGCUAUCAGCCUCAGCUGGCUGCGAUUCAGCCACAGCUCGGAGGACUUCAGUCACAGUUGGGAGGACUCACACAAUUUGGUGGACUGCAGUCGCAGCUCGGCGGGCUUCAGUCACAGUUUGGCUUAGGUGGCUAUCGGCCUAGUUUAGUCGGCUAUCAGCCACAAUCUCCGCUCUGGGCCAACUAUCCUGGGCGACUGCCAAGCUACCCGCUCUCGCCGCUCUCCCCACUCCUGCCCACGCCCUAUCGCCAAUCUCGGCAAUCCGGCUCCUGGGCCUACGCCCGUGGCCUGGAUGCCCAGCAGCCCUCGCGCGUAGUGGAGACCAACUCCACGCGCAAGGAGUUUUACUACUUCGAUGCCGAUGAGGCUUUCGCUCGUGCCGCCCUCGACAACGAUGAGAGCGAGGUGAAGGCGACGUCGACGACGACACCGAGGCCGAUGAAGCUUAACACCAAGGCUUUCGAGCAGAGCAGCUGCACCUUCGACUACAUGGAGGUGUUGCGCCUCUCUGUGGACACGCUCUGGCUGACCAAGCCCAUCUGCUUCGCCCCCAUACGCAGCUGGUUUAGCAAUAUUUUCGGCUAGCUUUCAAUAGUAGUAUAAAUCCAUAAAAAAAAUAUAAUAAAAUAAA